AUGGUCAUAGAAGUGUUAAUAACGGACCUAGAAGACAGAAGGAGGUUGACAAGCCAAUCAGAAGCCGGUCCAUUGAUCAUCGAUGUUAUUUGCGACGUGGUUUCACGACAUUUCCCUAUUGGAAUCAGUCCAGACCAAAUUGUAUCCAUUUUUGCUGCUAACGAUAAAUUUUGCGAUAGUGUUUGUCCUGCUGAUCCAGUCCCAGAGAAUUGCGAUUCCAUUCAGAUUGCGAUCAACUUUGAUAAAGUAUGUUUUUUAUUUUUUUUUCAAUUUUAGUGUCUUCAAGUGUAACAUUGAAAUAAUUUCUUCAGGACAAGCAGUUUUUUGUCUUUGAUCAACACAAUUCAUUGCUGACGAGUGCCGAGUUUUCCAAAGACGUUAGUUUGGCCCAGGCUAUUCGAGUUUUGUCUUCGCAAUGCAAUUUGGACUUCAGAAGAAUCAUUCAUAUCGAAUUUUCCGAUGGAACCGACAUCAAGACCCUUUGUGGACAGGAUAUUGCCACAGAAAGGGGGACAUUCCUCAUCACUUUCGAUACUGGGAAGGAUGAAUUGGCUCCGUUUUUUAAUGAUCUCGAAGAAUUACCGGAGAAGCUGAAGAAGAUGAAUUUGGACAAUAUUUUGGCCCAAGACGACUUCGGAAUGCGAGGUUUUGUUUUGAGAAAGUUGAAAAAUGGCAAGCCCUUGGAAGACGAGGAUAUAAAAUUUAUUGUGGCUUGUGUAAGGACGGCCUUGAGGUCGUUUUUUACCUAGUAAGUCGUAGUGUAAAUUUUACUUAUUCUUUGAAAAAUUUUUAUAGUUUCUCUUCUAAAUUGUAAAUUUUUAGCCGACACGCCCGAAGGAGUGAGAUCGAACUGUUCUUGGACCACAUUUUUGGAGAAGAUACUCCUUUUGAUAAGGUAAGAUUUUUUUAUUUUCUUAUGAUUUUUAGGACCAAAUGCAAUUCGCUGAUCAUUAAUUUCCAGCAAAAGUUUGUGACCGAUGUGAACGACGCCAAGUUCUACUACUGCAAAGUGGACUCUAGAGUUAACGCUCUAAAAAAAGUCAUCUAUAACGGAAAGAUCCAAUCUCAGGCCUUUGGCAGAAAAGCUACAGUCCUGUUCGUUAACACAGCUGGUCAAUUGCGAGAGGUUGUGAAUUUGUCAAGCACAACUGUACGGACAAUUGCCGAUGUUAUCGCGCUGGCAGCGCAAGAGGUCGAUAAAUUUAGACCGGAAGAAGUUUUGACGAUCAAAUCGUUGACUGAAGAGAAAAGAGUUGUCCUGGACGAUUUAAACGGUUAUCAUGAGAACAUGGCAUGCUAUGAGGUCACAAUUGGAUAUAAAAAAGUUAGUUUUGUCUCCUUUUUGAUUAAUUUUCGUAUUAUUUUAGGUCAAGUGUUAUAUUGUGGAUGAGAAGAACAAAGAAGUCGGCCAAUGCACGAUUGACAUUUAUAAAACAGCAGAACAAUUGAAGCAGUAUGUCGUGGAGACGUUUGCAAUCCCAAAUCAUCACAUCUUGAGGGUGGAUACUUAUGAUUUCGAUAAUCAUCGAUUCUGGGAUGAAGAAGAAGUUAAAGGACCGAAUUCGAUCUUCGUUCAGGUCUACAAAGGAGAGGUAUGUGGUGAAAUUAAUAGUGUAUAUUUCGGUAGUCAAUUUGAAUUUGAAAAGCAUAAAAAAGAUUAUUUUAGAUGUUAAAUUUGAGAUUUUUCGAGCUGUCUAGUAAAUUUUCACUUUUGGUAUGAUUUUUCAAAAUUUUUGCUUUGAAACGGCCCAAAAUUACAUAUAAUAACACUUAUUAUGUUUUACACGUCUGGCUAUUGCCCUUUUUUAUCACCAUAAAGUUAUUUUUUACGUCAUAAAAUGACAAAUUUUUCAGGAGCCACUCGUGGGUGGCUUUACCAGACUUCCCGACUCCCUGCAAAGGCUCAAUCUCGAAGAUAUCCUGGGCUCCAUGAAUAACGGCAUGAAGAUUCUCCACCGAAUCAAAGGAGGGUCGAUUCCAUUGGAUGAGAGAGAUGUGGAGAAAACGGCAUCGGCAAUUGCGACGGAACUGCAUAAUGUUAUCCUCAAGAGAUGUCCGAACUUAUUGGAGACCAAACUCUUCUUGGAUCAUUUAUUUGGGCCGUUUCCGGGGUCUUAUAAGGUAAGACAGAGGCUGAUUUUGAAGCUGGAAAUGAUUGUGGGGCUGGGGACAGUGAUAUUUUUAGCGAGGGGAAGAGUUGACACAUGGGUCAAAUGUUAUCGUCUUGGCGGAAUUUGGUUGGUAAAGGGAUAUCUUGAGCAAAUGUCAGGUUAAAUAAGAAUAAAAGGGGAAUUUUUUUUCAAAAUUUGAAGGAGCCAACGAAGAUCGUAAAAUUUAAUUACAAGAAGGCUUGACCCAAGGGCCACGUUUCGUUUUUAUGAUGAAAUAUUUGUCUUUGAAACUCCCAAAAGCAAGGUAGCCAAUUUCAAAGUGCCAGAUUCAGCCCGAAAUUUGAAUUUUGUCGUCUAAAAACACGAUUUUUUUCGAUUUUUAUAUUACUCAUGACAUUUUUGAUUAUUCCAGAAAGUCUUCACUGGCGAAUCGACAAAACAAGGCCAUUUAACUCCGAUUGAGUAUGCCGCGAUGUGCGUCUACGACAGAUCUCAAAGGAAUUACCUGAAGAUUGUCAGGAAAGUCGUUAUGGAAGAUCUGGCCAAAGUGUCGCCGCUGGCAACCAAUGGGGAAUUGCUGGAUUAUGAUGCGCACAAUGAAAGUGACAUCUCCGAUGUAAGUUGGGGGGUUUGACGGGUAGCUUUAUAAUACGGAUAUUAUUGAAGGCAAGUAAUUUUCAUUGGUGUAAAAUGCGCAACUUUUAAGGGUGUGUUCCAGAUUUUGAAACUUAAUUUUUUUUUGAACUUUCCUAGGUUUUGAUAUUUAAAAUGACGUCACAUCUUUUCAGGAGCACGUAGAAUCUUUUAUGCACACCCAACAAACCCCCAGCAAGGCCAAGGAUGUCCCUCAAACCGACACUUGCAUCGUUUUCGACACAAAUUUCAACCUCCUCCGCACUUUCCGCUACAAAAUCCACCUAACCUGCGAGGAUCUUGUGGAGAAGGCGGCCGCCAUGUUGGAAGUCCGUCCAGAGAAUUGUGUGGCCAUCCUGAAAUACAAACUCGAGGCCUUUACCACCGUCUCGGCGGAUACCCCAUUGAUUGACGAGGACCCGAUAUUUGUCCAAUUUUACUUGGGGAAGGACUUUAUCAAUGGAAGAACAAGGUUGAUGACCAAGUUACCCGACUUUUUGGCCGAUAUUUCCAUCGAUGACAUGAUUGGGGACAUCCCGGAAAGGGGAGAAAUCUUGCGAAAAUUGACCGAAUCAGAGGAUUUGAAUGAAGAAGAGACCGAAAUCUUGAAUGACAUCAUCUCCGAGCCGUUGAUAAAUUAUAUCCCGAAGAGGCAGAACACCGAAGAAGAGAGGAAAUUGUAUUUGGAACAGGUCUUCAAGGAGUACAGGAAUGUCACCGAGGUAAAUGUUGAUUUUUUGUUUAAUUUUUGGAGGUUUUUUGGGAAAUUAUGAAAAAAUUUUUUUUUAUUUGGGAAAUCUUUUUAUUGGGAACAGGGGCCUUUGAAUUCUCAGGGGUUAGAAGAGUCCAUUUGAGUUUUUUUUUGGAAUUUUCAACGGUUUUUUGGACGAAAAAUUAUACUUUUUACGCAUUGAGCUUAAAUCGUUUUCUCUACCAUCAGGGUAUGAAAUUUUUGAUCGAAAAAUUGAAAUUAUUAUGGUCUAAAGAUUCCCCUUUCGCUUGAUUAAUGGAUUGUUUGAUUUUAGAACGCCCAACUCAUGCACCAAUUAUCCGAAGCGAUCGUUGAUAACUACCGCAAGCGCCUAAAGAAACGACAUUUCUUUGGCCGAAGAGUCAUGAAAUAUGGCCUUUCUUCGGUCGAAGGAAACGCUUUUGAACGCGCCUGGAAAGCGAUCUUGGCCAGAGAAGGGGAAGCUCAAAGAAUCCCCACCCCAGAAGAGCCAGCGACCCCGGAAAAUGAAGAUCUAAUUCAUCAAGAACAACCAGGUCCAAGUGGAAUCCAGGCCCGGAAAAACGAUGGAAAAUCGAUCCGAGAACAGCUGCAGGAUUUGGAAAUUGGGAAGGAAAACCGGACCGACAUCUCCAGAAGGAAUGGCCCACCAGGAGCGAGGAAGAGCUCCGCGAUCAGAAGAUUGGACCUCAGAGAUAAGGUAGGGAAAAGAGAGCCGGAUGAAUCCAUCCUGGGACGGCUGAGACGUCGCCAGCCCUUGGCAAAAAUCCACGAAAUGUUUCAGCGAAUGCGGUGGAAUUAAAAAAUGAACCUGGUUUUUUGUGCAAUUUAAUAUGGCAUAAGUUAAUUAGUUGUAAUUAAGUUGUUUUGGAAUAAAAAUUUCACUAACCUUUGGUUGUAGAUUUUUGAGGAACAAGUUUAAACUAGAAUAAAAGAAAAAGGUUAGGCGAGAGAGCAAAAUUCUGAAUUUAGAAAUUGAAAAAAUAGGCUUUGGGGGAAAAAUUAGGCAUGAUCUAUUUUUGGGGCCUAAAAAAUUGCAGUUUUACUUGCGUAUAAAGUAUAAUAAUAUACAAGUAAUUUCAGACCUCUUCCGGUCCCAAUUUACCAUCAGAAUCGACUCCGAACCCCUCUGGAGCCGCCCAAGUCUCGAGAAAGCGUCAACACGAAGAGAACAAGGAGAAUCGACUCUUUGAAGAAGUCGGGAAAGUCAAUGUUUGCGUGUAUGACCAUUUCCUUCAACCCAAAGGAAUUCUUCAAUAUCCAGUGAACCUGGGGUUUCAAGAUAUAAUUGAGACAAUCAUUGAUUGUUAUCAGCUCAAAACUCGAUCCUAUCUUAUUGGAAUUCAUCAAGUGCAGCAUGGAGAAGUCCGAGAAAUCACCGAAUUUACAUUUAACCCUGAUUCUGUAUUGUACGUUCAAGUUUACACUGGACAGGUAAGAUUUUUUAGUCAUGGAUAAUUUAUAUUUGAUUUUUUUGGUGAUUUUUAUUUUUCAGACUCAAAUUCCAUGCAAAAAUGAGCUCUCUGAGAUCCCGGAGCCCCUGAAACCGAUGGAUCUUCAAUUUAUUUUUGAUAAAACGACGAAUCCAUCAAGAGUCGCUGAGAAGUUGAAGAAUGGAGAGGAGUACACUGAAGACGAGCUGUUCCAAAUCUCGGCCUUGAUUGGAGAACUGGUCCAUAAUCAGAUUGUUAGUAGGAGAUCGACAAUUUCAGAGAGGAAGUUGAUUUUCGACCAUCUUCUUCAAGGAUAUGCAGAGAGAAAUGGAGUGGGAAAUGAGGAGGUCGCCAAGUUUAAGGUGGGUUUGGAAGAUUCGUUGGGGUAAAAGAAGGGCUUAGGGGAUGUAUUGGAAGAAUGAGGGACACUUUUUCUUUUUUUUGGCACUCAGAUUUUUGUAAAAUUUUGCUAAUGGGAUCAGAAUUUUCCGAGAAUUAAUGCUUCGCUGAAAGAAGAUUCAAAUUCAUUCAAUUUUUUUUGCUUUUUUUGCAGUCUCAUGCCUUAAAAUCUCUGUUUCAGUCCCAAAUUGAAGAAACAAGGCCCGAUGGAGAGUUCAAGGAGGAAUCUCCCCUCGAAUUUAUGGAUCGGAUCUACUUCCUCUCGGAUACCGCCAGAAAAGAGUUGAUCAAAAAAUUGGACCUUGGCUACAGAUACGGCGAAUUUCAAGCUGAAAAACCAACGAAAAGAAGGGCGGAAGAGAACAGAGUACUUGUAAAUGAGGCAGUCCAAACAGAACCCAUUCAGCCAGCCGUGGAACAGGUCACUCAAGCGUUGGAUAACAUCGAAAUGGACGAAGUUACACCCGAAAGAGCCGCUGAACUUUUAUGCGGGUUAUUUGGAACUGGACCAGUCGGAGGUAACAGUUCGAAUGUUGGCGAUAAAGUGAGUUUAAGACGUGAUAUUUAAUUAAUUUGGAUGGUUGUACUAAUCAUCGCGGUUUCAGAAUCUGCAGCGGUUUAAAGAUGAGGUUAUUGUUGUUCUACUCGAUGAAAAUUUUGCCCUAAUCGAUGUGGAGCACCGAUCUGUCGAAGUCCCUGUCUACACGCAGAUGGAACGCAUGCUGCUCAAGAAUCGUGUGAAGAAUUAUCACCUCUUAGCCAUUGAGAAACUGGAAGGACCGAAGGAUUUGAAGAAGAUCAAGUCCACCUCGGAAUGCCUCUAUGCCCCAUGUGUGUUCCAGGUGCAUACAAGACCGUGGGAUCUGGUUACGGAUGAACUGAUUAAACAAGUGCCGAGUCAACUGGCCGAUAGAAGCAUUGAUGAUUUGCUGAAUUCACGUCAGAUUGAUAGGAAGGUAAAGGAGAGGAUUCUGAAGGCGUUUGGGAAGAAAGACGGGCAGUUGAGCGAAGAUGAUCAAAGAGUGAUCGCAAAAUGGUGCUGCGAAACUUGGAUGCCGGUGUUUUCGUAAGUUAUUAUCUGUUUUUGGCAUUUUUUGGAAGUGUGAGAGAACUCUUGAAUGUUGGAGAAGUAGGUGUGACCUUCAGAUUUUUCCUAACUUUGCUCCCAAAUUGUCCCUAGGGCUCUUCUUAACCGCUGAGAAUUGUAGCUCACGGUUUGCAGAAGGCGCUAAGAAUCCGCCAGUCUUUGCCGAGAGGUCAAAAUGAUGACUGUCUUCGGCAAAUAUCGUUACGUAUCUAGACCGUCCUUGCAGAGCUCGAUCUAAAAUUUUCGGGAAUUGUUAUAUAAUUAUAUAUAUGUCCUACAGUGACGGACCUGAUCCAGUGGCAAAAAACGUACCAUUUUACCUAUGGGAAGUGCCAAAAAAUGUAGCAAAAUGCCUCCCUCUCCGACUAAAAAAACUCCGUUUUGAACGGCGAGCCUUUGAAAUCGGAGUUUUUUACUUGUAUAGGGAGGUAUUUUGCUACAUUUUUGGUACUUCCCAGAUGCAAAAUGAUACGUUUUUUGCCACUGAAUCAGGUCCGCCACUGUAUACUAAUGUCUGGGGAAAUAUUUGAAGUUAGUCGCGUCAAACUUCCAGCAAUUUACAAUUUAAAUAAUACUCAAAUUCUUUUACAAUUUUUGUAUGAUUUUAGUCGAGUUCCCCAAAGUGCGGAAAGAGAGUUGAUGUUUACGCAUUUCCUCCGCCCCUACCCUGAAUUUGAUGCCGCAAGAUUGUUCCGACUGACCGCCGAUGCUCUCGCUAGUGGAUCAAGAAUCAGCUAUAAUUCUCGGCAAAGAAGACGUCUCAAAGUUUUGAACCAGAUUAUUAAUGGGAAAUUCGAAGGGAAGAUGAGCCGGCUGAGUGGCAACCAACUCGGCGAUGCUAAACCGACCGAUUUGACAACAAAUCCGGAAGAUGUGGACCAGAUGCAAAUGGAAAUCUCCCCGGUGGAACCGUCUAUGUUCAACUUUUUGGUCCCGCCAAUGCAAGGGCAUAACCGCAUCUUGAUCUACACGGAAGAAAAGAAGUUUUUGAAUUGCAUUUGCACACAAAGCCCCAAUACAAAAGAGGAAAUUGAACAACUUGUGGCCAAGAAAAUGGGGAUUCCAAUUGACCAUGUGCUGGAUGUGGACUGUCUGAGAUAUGCGGAUAAUUUCGUCGAUGACACGUUUUAUAACACCCUUGUUUUUGUCGAGGUUUAUACGGGAGAGGUUGGUUUCGUUUUUGGAGAAAUUUUUUCUCGGAAUUUGUGCCAAUUUAAUAUAAAAUACCAAUUUUAGGACCCCAUCUGCACUAUGGAGGAAGACCGAGUGGUUCCAGAAGUUUUGAGAUCUGUAACCUUUGCUGAUGUCAUCAACUCGUCAGGAAUUCGGAAUUAUAAUGGCGACCGAGAGCUCUCGAUUGAGGAGUAUAGAAGAUUGGCGGCGAAGUUGGCCGAACAUCUUGGUUGUUAUUAUAAAAAACGGAGGCCAACGAAAAAUGAAGUUGAUUUAUUUUUGAUGACGGUUUUCCAGGCCAAACCGGAGAUUGCGGUAAGACAAAAUCGCGGUUUUUGAGAGUGAUUUUGAUUUUAGUUUGACCGUUUUUUUUUUUUGAUCUAUACAAGGUCUGCUGAACCCUAAAAUAAAGUAAUUAAAUUUCAGUAUGAGCUCUCCCGACAACGUGAAGGCAGUAUAUACCAUCGAAGAGCCUUGAUCAGUGUCCAACUCAGCAUAAGACAGAAGUCUGUUCGAAAAAAACGACUAGCUUAUAUGACACAGUAUCGAGACGAAGAAGUGGCCAAUGAAAGGCUCAUUGAGGAAGCUAUUACGAAUUCAGAACAACCCUUGAAUCAACAAGAGCUCAUUGAGAACGAUUCGGAUGAUUCAGAUAUUGUGGAGAUCACACCAGCCCAGCGAGAGCCGAAUAUCCAGCCGAAUCGACCUUGCACUAGCCGAAGAAGUGAUGGAAAUUUGGAAAGAAAUGAGGUCAGAGCAAAUAUUACUGAUCAGCCAAGUACCUCGGCUGCCAGCAGUGGUAAUGUUAAUGCAUCUUCACGCCCGGGAUUAAGAGAGAAUUUGGAACGUCUUGCGUCCACAAGAAGAAGUGUUCCAUCGAAUCCCAGGCCCGCAAGAAAAGUUCCAUUCCAGCCAGGACCUCAAACGCUAGAACUGCAAAGCGUCAAGGACCUCUUCAAUAAGAAGCUCCACGACGAAAAUAGAGGCUCGCCCAAUUUUUAUGCGGUCAUUGGGAUUGAUUUAAGUUUGAUUGCCCGCUUCUGCAUGGAGCACAAUAUCGAAGAGGCCAGCCGGAUUGCGGUGCACAAAGUCCACGAAAAAUUCGCACGGCCAAUGCCGGUGGUCCCAAGAAUCCAGCCAAGAGUGGUUUGUACGAGCCAACUGGAGAGCACGAGGGCCGAGAACAAACAUAAAAUAAUCUGCAUUGUGCUGGACAUUUAUGGGGUGAGUUGAUAUUGUAUUUUUGGUGUAGAGAUUUUGUUAUUUGAAUAGAAAUUGAUUUCAAUUCAACGAUUUUUAGGCUUAUACCCACAACGAAUCCUUCUCCACUCGAUUUGAAUUCACCUACAAACAGCAGAUCCGGGAGAUUGCGGUGAAUGAAUGGCGAAGGGUCGUUGCCAACGGGAUGGCCGUGGUAAUGACCACAUCACUUCGUAAAGUAUUCUUCAACCAAAAUUUUACUCUUUAUCCUCCCAAUAUCAACCCAUUCCCAGAACCGACCUCGGUGGACGAUGAAGAUGAUAUUCAGAUUCUGGAUGUGGUCAAAUCAACUCCCGGUCAAGUUGGCAGGAAGUCAGUGAUGGCAGCAAGGGCAAACGAGGCUAGAACAGAGCCGGCCAGGCUGUCAGUGGAGCCCAGAAGAAGAGCGGAAAAUGUGAGAAGAACAUCUGAUGUUUCGACGCUUUCUGAGAUGGUCAGAAGAUCAACAGACCCACCAAAUCAGGCAUUUACAGUCAGAAAUACCCCAGUGGGGAGUCUUCCAUCAUCUUCAAAAUCCAGCGUUGGGAACCAACAUCAGCAGGUUAGUUGAAAUAGUGGUCAUGUAUAAUAUAAAAAGCCCUUUAAUUUGUCGAUUUUUUGAAUGUUUUGGUAUUUUUUGAAAUAAAAUUUAUCUCCAGGGCUCAUCAGGAGUAACUGCACGAACUGCGGGCCAAUCAACGCCCACAAGCCUUACGCCUGUAGUUCAAGCUUAUCGGCCUCAUCUUCUAGCUUCUGCUCGACGCCAAGCAGACGCUCAGUCAAACCAAUUCGCCCCGGUUGGACCUCCAAGACAUCCACAGCAAGCCCAGUACGUCCAGGUUGGAUCUCAAUUUGUGCCGAUCCCUCAGUUCCGCCCAAAUCAGUACGGAUAUCCCUAUUAUCGCCCUCAAUUCAUGGGUCCUCCUCCGCCAUGUCUUCCGGGAAACCCCUCGGACUACAAUUCAAGAAUUGUUAUGCGGCCUCUGGUACCCGGAAUUUCUCAAGAAGAUCUUGUGCCACUUAAUGUUUAUAUGCAACAUCCAGCACCCGCCCAGAUAAUAAGACCGAUGGUACCGCCACAAAAUCUCCCCACAUCCACGCAGGUUCCGGCGAUGGUUGCACAGCAACAACCUCAGAUCCAGCAGCCUCCAAGAGUCUACGAACCGAGGGUUUUGAGUGAAGGGACUCUGCCGGAAAAAUUGGAUGGAAGCGAUAUGAAUCCCCCAGUUUUGGUCAAUCAAAAUAUGGCUGAACAGAGAGCGGAGGAUGGGCAAAGCGACGAGGAUGACAUUGAAUUUGUGGAGGAAGUGACUAAAAAGGUAUGAUUGAUGAUUUUUGUAUUGUAAUAGAGGUUGGAAAUAAAUUUUUAUCCCAAAUUUAAUUGAUUCUAGUACCUCUCCACCAAUGUGAUGGUGGUUAUCAACGAAAACUCCGAGCUUCUCUGCCAUUGCUCCAUAAAUUUCUCCCCGGACCAAGACAACUUGAUCACCGCCGCCAGCGGCCAUUUUAAAAUCCCAAGAAUGGACGUCCUCCUCGUUGUGAUGUUCGCCAUUUCAAAGGACUAUGUCUGCCGCUUCUCCUCCUACAGCCCGAUCUUUGUCCCAUCGCAGAUGUUUUUGGUGGGAAUCAAACAGAACAUUGAGCAGAUUGGACUGGCUGAACUGAAGGAAGGCGACCAACUUCAAGACAUUUACAAAAAGUAUGAUUUGGCUGAGAUGGUCGAUAAGAUUUAUCCCAAAAUUGGUCAAAAGUUGAGGAGUGGAGAGAUUGUGAAACUGACAGCCAUCCAAGCGGUAAAAGUAUCGCUGGAAAUUGCAAGAAUUUCGUUCUUGCACUGUGCGUUGUGAGUUUUUGAUGGCUUGAUUUUUUUUGCAAAAUUUUAAUUUUACAAGGUACUUUUAGUAUCCAAACUGAAUUAAUUUUGACGUUAUAAAGUAUCUUUUAUAAUUUAGAGGCCUCAUUGACAUUAAUGUUUUAUUUUAAGCCGGAAAUUUGGAGAUUUCGAGAAGGUGAUCUUCUUCAAUUAUUUGAUCAGCAAAUACCCCAAUUUGGAUACGGUAAGUUAGUUUUAUAUUUAAAAAUGAGAACUGAGGAGAGUUUCUAGCAUAAAAAGCAUUUUCGGACGGAUUGGCUUUAUGAUUUUCGGUCGAUAUUAAUUUUUUGGGAUAUUAUCUAUGAUGCCAAAAACAGUCUAAAAAAUGGCUUACAAGGGAAGUCACUUUUUUCGCAGAGGGACUUUGGAACGGGACCUAGUAGGUUUCAAACGUGAAGCGUCUGCAAUCAUAAAACUGAUUUCCAAAAGUGUUUACGGGCCUUCUCCGCCGAGAAAAUCGACCGCAAAGUUUAGUCGAAAUGGGCGAAAAGCCUCCUCAAAAGAAACAGCUUAUUUCAUCUGCAGUGGUGGCCGAGUGGUCAGUGCGCUCGCUUUUUGCGCCAGAAGAGGCGGGUUCGAUCCUCUGCGCAGUUUAUUUUCUUUUUUGGUUCGUAAAUAUUGAUUUAGUAUGUAAACAUAAAAUGUAUACACUUUUUAAAUUUUUUUACAGUAAUUUAGACAUAAAUUCAAAGCUGAAUGUUCAUGAAUAUUGUAAAGUCAAAACAGGCCUGGGUUAAUGAAGAUAUAGUUUUUAAAUUCGUGUUUUGUUAAAAAUUGCUAAUAGUUAGCACAUGCGGUGUUAACGGCAUUUCGCUAUUUAUUUCAAUGGCCAAAAGAAAUGCAUCCGCAGACGGCCGAAGUCGAACUCACGUCUUCUGGCGCAAAAAGCGAGCGCACUGACCACUCGGCCACCACUGCAGAUGAAAUAAGCUGUUUCUUUUGGGGAGGCUAUUCGCCCAUUUCGUCUAAACUUUGCGGUCGAUUUUCUCGGCCGAGAAGUCCCGUAAACACUUUUGGAAAUCAGUUUUAUGGUCGCAGGCGCUUCACGUUUGAAACCUACUAGGUCUCGUUCCAAAGUCCGUCUGCGAAAAAAGUGACUUCCCUUGUUAGAAACUAUCUAUCAGAAACUUUGGACUGAUAUGUAGGCAAUAACAAUGUAUCUUUUGGGUAGAUACAUAGGCAAUGACAUUUGAGAGGUGUGGUUGUCUAAUAACAAGGUUAUUUUAAAUGCCGUAUCUCGUAUUUUAGACAAUCUUCUCCAUGAGAGUCUAUGAAGCAUUGGUCCCUCUGGAAGUCGCCUUCAAAUUGGUCGGAAAUCAUCGAUUCAUGACGAGAGCAAAGCUGGUCCGUAAAGUGUUUAUGGACUAUCUAAAGUCUGAUCCAGGGCCUGAUGCCGCCCUCCUGACGCAGCCGAUAACCCUCCCAGCGAAUGUGGAAGCAGAAACGAAGGAAGUAGAAGAAUGGCUGAAGAAAAUGGAGGCUGAAGAAGCGCGAUUAGAAAGCUCAGAAGGAAAUGACCGGCCAAAUGAUGGAUCGGACGGUGGAAAUCAAGGAUGGGGAGAUUCGGAUGUUGCACAUGGGAGAAGUGAGCCUGGACAUGAUUCAAAUGACAUUUUGCGGCUGUAUGGGAGUGAUGUUGAUGAAAAUGUUGGUCCGCAAGAUCAAGGGAGAGGUGAUGGCCAAAUUGAAGGGGCAAAUGAAAGAGAAGAUGAGGAAAUGGUGGCUACUGGAACAACAGAAACUCGGCCAGAAGGAGAUGUAGAUGAAGAUAAUGUUUCUCAGGAUGAUUCGAAUAACCAAGGGACAACUACAUCGCUAUUUGAGGAUACUGACGAUAUUGCUAUAGUUCGAGUAUCCCUUCCCAGUACAAAAUCCGAACCCUCUUCCCAGCAAAUCGACUCUCAGGCACCUCCAAAGCCAUGUUCGCCCAGCCGAUUCCCAAAAGAAGCGGAUCUUCAUGGCCGAGGGGCAUACGACAAAACAAUGCAAACUCUGUACGGCAAGUUUGGGAUCAGAGAACCGCAAGACGAAGAGAGAUCACCAGGAGAAUCUGGAGAGAAAGGAAAAACGAAUGAUGGGAAUGAUGAGAGAGGUAGAAGUGCCGGUGAAAUUGAGGAAAAUGAGAGGCCGGAAGAGCCGAGCAGCUCGAGAUCAAGAAGCUUGGUGUCGAGCGCCUCGUUUGAUCGAAUGGUCCAGCGAUGUGGAGUAGGAAGACACGUCAAAAGAAUGGAAAAUAUUUACAAAGAUUGGAGGGAGGAUGAAGAUGCCGAAGAGACGGAUCAAGGAGAAGAUUCAGGACAAAAGAAGACUGAAAAAGAUGGCCGAGAGAGUCAAGAAGACGGUACAACUACACCAAUGUCAGUGGGGUCUUUGGGAGAUCUUCAAAUCGAUGAAGGAAGGGGUGAUGAUGAGAUUUGCGAGAAGAAUAUUGAUGAUCAAGUUGCUAUGGAGUUUGAGGAGGCUCAAGCACAGCCGGGAAAUGAUGAGGUAGCAGAUCAGGAAGAUAAACAAGCAGAUGAUGAAAUUUGUGAAGCGUAUCAAGUGGGCUCCCAAGAUCUUGGAAGUAGUAGAAAAUCAUCUGAAGCCAGUGAGAUCUUGCUUCACAGAGCGGAAGAACAAAUCGAACUUGAUCUGCUCCAAGCGGCCGAUGAACUCGCCGAAAGUGAUGGACUCGAAGAUUUGGUGAUUGAUGAGAGCAUAUUGGAUUCCCAGGAAGAUGAGGACCGAGUGGAAUCUCAAAAUGAUGAGAGGAUCAUUGAACAAGAAGUCGCGGGACCAGUUGAACAAGAAGAGGAUCGGAUACUGGAGGAAAAUAGUCUAGAUGGAGAGCUGGUGAUUGAUGAGGAAACAGUGGAGAAGAUGAACAAUACGAGGGAAAUGGAGAAGAGAGAUAAGGAGAAAAGAGAGGCGGAAGGGGAGGAAAUUGAGAGAAAAGUGGAAGAACAUGGGCAAGGAGAAGGUCAGAGGAUAGAAAAGGAUGGUAAUAAGGAGAAAGGAGAAGAAGAUAAACAUGCAGUGGUCCUUCAAGGUAAUAUUAAAUCUUUAAUUGCUGUUUUUUUCAUUUUUUGAGUCUUUUUAUUUUAUCUUGAAUUAAUUUUAGACGAGACAAGUCUGAAUGCCCGUCAAAGUGUCUCAGGAACAGGCACAACUUCGGAUAGUCCAACUGCGGCCCCAUCGAACCCUCCCGUAACCAAAACGCUUAUGAAUAAAGAUGAUUACAUAGUCAUCAGCGAUGAUGAAGCUGGUCCUUCAAAUUCAACAGCUCAAAUCCCCGAAGAUUUGGUGGAGAUCGACUCGAUUGGCCCGGACGAUCAGCCAAACACCCUGAGGGUGUACGUGAUCAACGAAAACCAUCGACUUCGAGCGAAAGUCAACGUCCAAAUUGAUCCGGGAACAGCGACGGUGAAGAGCGUGGUGCAGAAAGUGGCCGAGGAGAUUAAAAUAGAUCCGACCAAGGUGAAGAUUGUCGAGAAAAUCGCCCAUAAUGAGCAAGUGGUCGAAGCCUCGAGCUGGUCCAAGAUUUUGGUAACGGAGCGGCCGUAUAUCAUGACUAUUUACCAAAAUGAGGUGAGUUUUUUGGGGAUUGUGAUCGAAUUUUUUGAGACAAUAAGAAAUGGGCCUCGAAAAUUACUUUGGAUCGAUUUUUUCGCGGAAAAUUUUUUAAAUUUGCUGGACUUUUUGAUGGAAACUCGAGCUUUGGGCCUUUUAACAAGGUUUUUUUUGGCAAAAUUAAACAUCUAAAUGGCAAAUAUCUCAUCUAAAGAGGAUAGUAUUCGGUGAUUUUUUUACCAAUUUUUACACGGAGAAAUUGAAAAAUUUUUAAUUUUGUAAAAAAGACGACAUUUUUUGUAAUAUUCGUGAAAAUGAUGACUAUUUUUAGUCAAACUAAAUUUUUUUAACCUGAAAUUUUCUUUUUCAGCCUGCUGAUUCUUCUGGAUUCACCCGUCUACCUUUGGGAUUAAAGCGAUACAAGUGGCAGGAUAUCUUGGAUAAAUGUCCGAAUGCCCCGGAGAUUACGGACAAGGUAAACUUGGUCAAGCCGUUUUCUGAUUCCGAAAAAAGAGAAUUGUCCAGAGCCAUUGUCAUUCCGAUGAUCCGAUAUUUGAUUGGGUAAGGAGAUUUGGACAUUAUUUUGAGCACUAAACUUUAUGUUAUUAUAGGUAUUUUUGAUGAUUUCUCGUUCUAAAAUGGUUUUAAUUUUAGAAGAACUCCGAAUCGAGGUGAAAUCAACGCCUUUAUCCAACAUCUGAACCUCCCACGGCAUGGUUUUCUUACGGUAAGAUUGAUUUUGAUAUUUUUUUAUCGGUUUUUGGCAAGUAUAAUAUAAUUUUUUUAAUUUUUUUGUGAUUUUUAGCGAGAAUUGUUUGCCAAAGUGAGCCGCUGCUCGAGUAUCGACUAUCUCACAGACGCCAAGGAUAUCGUUUCCAAGGAAUUCAAAGUCACCAGAGUCGAAGCCAUUAAGAAAAUCAUCGCUCUUCAAAAAUGGGCAAGCGAAAAGAAUUGA